AUGAAUCUGAUGGGACUUUGUGAGGUUGAAGUACCUCCACUCAAACUGCCGACGAUCGAAUUAAAGAAGAAGCCGGCGCCGGAGCCGGCUUCUCCUUUGAAAUCAUCUCCCCACUGGCUUCCUUCUCCUGCGAAGAAACCCAUGUCACCCAUUGCGUCGCCAAAAUAUGGAUCUUCCGUCACACGUGUGCCCAGCCCACCGCCGCCCAAGGACGAACUACUAUCGCCUCCGGUUUCACCUGCAAAGAAAUAUCCCGACAGGUGGAUAGCCCAAACAUCCCCACUUCAGUCGCCGUCAAGGUCGCUGCGAACAUCGCCGCCGCCGCCGCCGCCGCCUCUUGCUCUGCCGCCUACCCAGUUCACCGCCGUUAAUGGAACCACCACUCAACCCAAGAUUCAGCCGGAGAUAGAGCAGAAAAGCAUUGUGUACAACAAGACGGUCGAGAAGCCGGCGAAGUUUGAUCGGGCGUCAGAGUACGGCUCCGGAAAGCCACACGAAAAGCAGAAGGCAGCGGAGGCUAUAAACCUCGCCGGACAUAACGUUGGCGCAGUCAUGGAAAUAGAUAAGUCAUCGGUCGGCCACCGUUUGGGCGGAGAAACCGUAAGAGGCAGCGUCCGUGAUGGAAAUGAGGAGAAGAAAAAGAAGGAAAAGAAGGAAUUGCCGAUGACCGCAUUUACGAACAGCAACUUUCAGAGUGUAAACAAUUCUGUUCUGUACGGCUCGUCGUGUAACCACCGUGAUCCCGGCCUGCAUCUUAAGUUUGCCGAUGCGGCGGACGGCGACGGAGCCGCUGCUGAUGGGCGCAAGAAUUACAAGGCGUAG